AUAUUCAGAUAGUCUCAGUCUGUUCUCAUUUGCCAUAAUAAAAUACCUGAGAUUGGAAAUUUAGGAAGAAUAGAGGCAUACUUAGCUCAUGGUUUUUGAGGCUGGGAAGCAAGUUACCAACAUCUACUGCUAUAUCGUGAAGGCCUCCGGCUGCUUAGAACUUGAUGGACGCUAUUGUGUGGUAAGACAGACGGAACUGGCCCUUGACAGCUUGUAAAUCAAUCCUCUGAUGCAAAGGGAGAAUGUAUUUCGUAGGACAAGAACAGAUGAAAGCUCCAGAUCUCCAGAAUUCUUGCAGGGAACGAGACAGAGAUAAAGGUCAAGCUGGUUGUACUAGUGAAUUGGGACUUUUAAGUAUCUGUACUUUCCUCUCCGCUGUCCCCAAUUCUCCCCAUUUAACUGAGGAUCCAUCUCUGUAACCCAGAAGAAGGCUGAAUACAUACUGGCCUGCUUUCUUCCUGUGGCUGCUGUUCUUGAUCGGGGCUCUUUAUUUGGCGUAUGAGGAGAGUGGCUGGGCCUGACAUGGGCCUAGUGUCUAGUUUUGAAAUGCUUGCAUCUACACAGGCCAGUAGCAACGUGGGCGUACAUUUGCCCCUCCUUUCCUUGUUCUCUUGGCCUUGAUUUGGGGGUUUGGGUGUGGAGUCCCUGUAGCUCAGGCCCCACACCUGUCCAGCACUACCUGGGCCAGGUUAAGAGCUCUCUGGAGGAAGUGACCACACCUUUUAUCUUGUGUGGUGAGCUCCUGGCACCAAGCAAACCAGGGACAGAUGCGUCACGGGAGAACCCCCAAACUUCUGCUGGGGAAUCUUCUGGCCUGUUUCCAACGUGCUUUGAAGUUGUAAAACUACCCCGGGUGUGUGGCUUGGCGCCGACUGCAGCCGUCCGGAGCUAGGGCUCCCAUCAGAGGCCCAGGCGGCGGAAGAGCCUCCGGGAGCAGAGGCCCCCCUCUUCUGGCUCCUUUUCCCAGAGAAGCUGGAACAGAGAACCGAAAGCAAAACUUGCCCGCCAGCUGCGCAGCAGAGCGCAGCGAGGGCGCCUUCCUCUCCGCCAUGGCAUCAGCUUUGUGUGUAAAGGAAUUCACAGCUUCUGAGAGAACUAUAGUGGUUGCUGGUCUUCCUGAGAACCUUGUUAGUAACCAAUUAUUGGCCACAUUUGUGAAGAGUCACUUCCAAGAUAUUAAGAAUGAGGGUGGCGAUGUUGAAGCUGUGAUCUAUCCAACAAGAACCAAAGGAGUUGCGUAUGUAAUAUUCAAAGAAAAAGAAGUUGCAGAGAAUGUUGUGAGAAAAAAGAAACAUCGCCUACAUUGGAAGGCUGGAUAUGCUCAACUGACAGUCUCUCAUCUGAGUGAAAAGGUUUUCAGGUCUCUAAAGGCUCUCCUGGAUCUCUCCAUUUUUCGGAGUUGGUUUGUACUAGAAAGGCUGGUCUUGGAUCUGGAAAAGGAAAACCCCUCUUUAAGCUUCAGUCCUUUGGAGCCUCGUGGAAGGGUCCACGUGGAGGGACCACUUCCUGCUCUCAAGAAGCUCAACGAGUCUUUGCUAGCAAAAGCACAUUCUCUUCCAGAAAGAAGUAGGGACUUCUCCAGAGAGGGGAGAAAAUGGAAUAGACGGAGCCUCCAGAGGCAGCCAGAGAAAAACGCGGACUUGGUGGCUACAUUCAAGACUCUCCUUCCUGUGUCUUCAGGAAGCACAGAAACACUCGUGCUUGACACAGAUGUUUACCUUUACCUCAAACACAAGUGUGAGGUUUAUGAAGACGUCCUGCGAAGAUUUUGUAUUCACGUCCAGGAGAAGGUGAACGGUGAGCUCACCACCAUUUGUCUAAAAGAUGCUCAGGCUGGGUCCCAGCCUGGGAGGGUUCAGCGAGUGAGGCAGCUCAUCGAGGAGUGGGCCCAGGACCUUCACCUGGAGCUCAGGAAAGAGACAUUGCUUUUGGAAGGAAAGACAAGGAGAGAGAGAAACCAUCUCACACAGGCAUGUGAACGACUGCGUUCAAAGUACCUGAAGGUUCUGGUCAAUGUUUACAGCGCACAUGUUGAUAUUAUAGGCUUAUCUUCUGACACUUACCUGUUUAAAAAAGAGGUCCUGAGACAAACUGGGCAUGCUCUCUCUGAUAAAUGGAAAUUAGGUCUAAAAGACACUGGGAUCUGAUCAAUUACACAGGGUUCUGGAUAUUCAUACACAGUAGGACCAAAGGAGAUACUCUUAGGGGAGAAUCACAAAGGUGCAAUGCCUAAGUGCCUCUUCAUAUUUAUAUGAAAUAAUAUACACAUUGAAAUGCACUCCAAGUUAUGGAAACAAGAGCGCUCUUUAUUUCUUUUAGUUUUUACUGAUUCAAGUGUACAUUUUCAGAAAGGUUGGGGAGGGAGGGUACAGAACUUGAGGGAA